AUGGAGAGCUCAACGAGCUCCGAGUGUUCCCUUCCCGCAGACUCGCGACCCACGUCCGCCAUGCCCACGCCACCGCCCGACUGGCUGCGGCAGCUGCUGCGGUGGCAGCAGGGCUCCCCCCUCAAGGGUGCCUAUGGGGACCACACCUUUGUGUUCCGCACCCCGUCCGUCGGCCCCGACAACGAGCAGUACGUCGUGAAGGCUCACUGCAAGGCCCAGCUGCGCGCGUUUGACUGGGUGGAGCGCAUGGUGCGCGCGGAGGUGUCUUUCCACGAUGUGUUUCGCGGCCGCCUGCCCCCCGGCAUCGUGCCGCUGACGGGGUGCUACGAGGACGAGGCCUUCAUCUACCUGGUCUUCCCUUACGCAGGCCGGCCACUGUUGAAUUACGUGCGCAAGCCAACAGACCCGGCAUCUCACAAGCUCAGCGCCCUCCUGGCGCAGGAGGUGGCAUACCAGCUGAUCCUGACCUGGGGCUGGAUGCACACGCAGGACCUGGUGUACCUGGACGGCAAGCCCGACCAGGUGGUGCUGCAGUUUGACAACCUGGCGCGCAGGGUGCUGCCCAGGCUGGUGGACAUGGGCUCGGUGGACGACACCGGCUGCUGCCACGCCUCGACACCCGGCUACGUGCCCCCUGAGAAGCACUACCUGGGUGGCAACGCCGCGGCCACACCCAAGUGGGACGCCUAUGCAGUGGCGGUCAUAUUUGGGGAGGUCCUGACUGGCUGCGUGCCGGGCGACCCCACGAGCGGCGCCGGCGACGGGCCCGAGGUGACUGAGGAGGAGCUCAUCGCGGACUUCCCCUCAAUCUUUAUGUCCAGCGACCUCAAGGCGCUCAUCGCCCGGCUGGCGCACCCGGACCCCGCCCGGCGACCCACCCUGGAGGAGGCACGGCGCUCCCCUGCGUUUGCGCAGCUGGAGCGGGAGGCGGGGGAGCGGCACGGCGAGCUGUGGGUUCUGAUGGCGGGCAGGGAGGACAUGUUGGAGGCAUGCGCGGCGCAGGAGGCCGAGGCCGCGGAGCGGCGCGCAGAGCUGCAGCAGAGGGAUGAGGCGGCGGCGGCGCUCAAGCAGCAGGUCGCAAACAAGGAGAGCGUCAUGAGGCAGAUGCUGGGGCAGAGCCAGCGCCAGCAGCAGGAGAUUAAACAGUUGCGGGGCCAGCAGCGGGCGCUGCAGGCCCAGGUGCAGCAGCUGGAGGCGGAGGUGCGGGCCAGGGAGGACGCGGCGCGGCUGGCCGGCGCUGAGUGUGAUGAGCUGCGGCACGAGGUGGCGCUCAAGUGCCAGGGCGCGCGGCAGGUGCGCGACUGCCUGGUCAUGUCAGUGGACGAGACGCAGGCGGCGCGCCGCGAGGCCGCGGCGCUGCAGGGCCGGACCAGCGGCGGGGCCGCCACCUCUUCCAGCUGCAUCAGCCGGGCCGGAAGCUGCGCCAGCGACGCAGCCAUGCUCGAAGCCGCCACUGCGGUGCUGGUCGGCGGGCAGCAGGUGGCGGCUGCCAAGUGCAGCAGCAGCCCGGGAGACUUGAUGGAUGGAGACAGCGAGAGCGGUGACACCGCCUCGGCGUCAUACGCGCUGGAUUGCUCAGUGGUGAUCGUGCGCGCCUGCUCCUCCGUGGCUGGCGGCACCAAGGCGGCGGCGGGCACGCCGCGGGGCUGUGACAGCAGCAGGGGUGGCUCCCGCAGCUGGGACGCCCGCGUGAUCGUCGGCGGCGCCUUUGACAGCGGCGCGGCCGCCCCUGCUGGCGACAAAGGGCUGGCGCCUGGCAUGGGCGUGGGCGCCGCCUGGUGGGGCCGGAUGCGCGGCAAGGCGCGCCAGGCCAAGGCUGCGCUGCGGCGGCAUGGGGUGUUUGCGCCCCUGUGCUUUGCUCCAGGCGAGGUGGACUGCUUCUGA